AAAUAUGAGUACGAGUACUCAGAGUGAAGUAUCGAUAUUAGUCACUCUACUCGCAGAACACCUGAGUAAAGGCUGCUUAGAGUCGCGCGCCCGCCUUGCGAAAUAGACGAUACUAAAGACACGAGAGAGGAAUUUUUCGCAAUCGACGCAACGCUUGCAUAAUGAAAAUCUGGACAUCUGAGCAUACGUUCAACCAUCCGUGGGAGACGGUCACACAGGCGGCGUGGCGUAAAUAUCCGAAUCCGAUGACGCCCUCCAUCAUCGGAACCGAUGUCGUCGAGCGACGCGUCGUCGACGGCGUCCUUCACACACAUCGACUGGUGCAAUCCAAAUGGUAUUUUCCAAAGUGGACGCAUGCUUUAAUUGGCACAGCCAAAACCUGCUUUGCUAGUGAACGCUCCACGGUCGAUCCGCAACGGAAGCAGAUGGUGUUGAAGACAAACAAUUUGACCUUUUGUCGCAACAUUAGCGUCGACGAGGUUCUCUACUAUGAGUCCCAUCCAGCUGAUUCGAGUAAGACGCUACUCAAACAGGAGGCAACUGUAACGGUUUAUGGUGUGCCGUUAUCCCACUAUAUGGAAGACAUACUUACCUCGUCGAUCAGCUCGAAUGCGGGCAAGGGACGGCAGGGCCUCGAAUGGGUAAUCGGACUGAUCAACACCGAGGUGAAGAGCAUCGCCGAUUCGGCGGCACGUGGCACAGAUGAAUUGAUACACAGCACAAGGCGUUCCAUCGAUGAGGUCACCGAAUCAGCCAGAAAAAGCAUGGACGAGUUGAGUGCGCAGGCAUCGAAAGCGGCGAAAGCAAUGCACAUUACGUAGGGCGGGGGCAACACUGGCCAGAGGCUGUGUCUGUGUGUGUUUUGGUGUGUGUGUGUGUUAGGUCAGCAAGUGAAUUAAAAUAUUUGAGAGGAGCACGACGAACGCGAACCAUAACAACAAUAAUAUCCAAUUUGAAUACUUCUGUUGAAAAUAGCGCAACAAAUCGUUCGAUAUAUAUAUAUUAUAUAUUUUAUAAGGUGUAACAAAAACAGCAAAUACUGAAACUUUCCUAUGGUUAUCAGUCAAAAGCUGCGCGUGUUUGAUAGGGUCACACUCCAACGUACAAAGCCUUUAGGCGGCAAGGCAACAACAACUGCAACGGAAGCGAGUGCAGCAGUAUCGUAGCAACAAAUUAUUUAUUUAUAAAUAAAACCAAAAAACAUAGUUUUUAAUAUGCAACAAAUUGUAAAAGAAAAGAAACGAGAAAAAAAUCUAAAUAAACAAGCGGGCAUUAAAUAAACCAGAAAUUGCUCAAUUAUCGAA